AUGUCGGGCAUUACUUUGACCUUGACCGAGGAGGGUCAUCAUUCUGAGUCCCUACCAGUACGGGCUACGUCUUACGAUGUUGAAAAUUUUAUAUCGCUGUGUCUCAUCGAAUGCGAUAUCAAAUUGAGGAAGAUCCAAAGCGACCAGAUCCAGUGCCCUCUCCAGAUAUUUGAUGCAAGUUGCCUUCAGUCCGGCAAAUUUAUCGCUCCCGCUGUAUCUAAAGUCAUCGUUAAGCAGAAAAGGUAUGUUUAUAAGACUAUCGACGGGCCUUCAUACGAGCCUAGAGCCACACAAGAUAUCUUGUAUGAGAUCCAUGCACUUGCACGAUUUUAUGGACAGCCAAACAUUGCACAAAUUGUUGGCCUUGUGGUUUCAGGAAAUCCGUACCAGACAUAUCCAUCGAACAAUAUGCCUCGGGUAUGGAGAGCAUUGAGACAACUACACGAGGAGAAAAGAAGUCAUCUUGAUGUGAAGCCUUCGAAUAUUGUUCUAGAUCCUGAAGGAAAUGCAUUUCUUAUCGAUAUUGGCGGGGGUUCUUAUACAUUGGACUGGCUCUCACCAGGAAUGAGACUGUUCCUUGAACAGAAUUAUGAACAAACACCUGCCAACGCCUACUUAUGUGCGCAAAUCGGUACAGACACUUGGGCCUAUGGCAAACUACUAUCCGUCAUUGCGAAGAAAAGCGGCCCUAGUCUUGCGUUUGAGGAACUGCGUAAGGCUGGUAGUGAUUUGGCAAAGUCGGACUUAGAAUCUCGCAUUGAUCUGAGUGCUGCGCUAGAAAAACUGGAAUUAUAUGGGAAGAAGCGUCGCUACAGAUAA